GGAGGGGGAGGGUUGGCCCGGCCCGGCCCGAGUGGCGGCGGCGCUCCCGGCUCAGAGCACACACCACGGUCCGGGGAGCGGGGCGCGGAGCUGCCGGAAGUGUCUGCGGGCCGGAGGGAACUUCCCUGCUCCCGCCGCGGCCCGGAGCCUCCCGCCUCGGUGCGGCAGCGACCAUGCGCCGCGAGGGCGACACCCUGAGCGGACCCGCGCCUCGGCCCACCCCCGGCGCCUGCGCCCGCCUCGCCCCCAGGGCGGACUGAGUGCCCCCCGCGACCGCGCGCCACGGGAGCCCGGCGCCGACGGCGGGGCGCGCGGGGCCCGCUUCCUCCGCGCAGUCCCCUCGCGUCCCGGCGCGUCCCCCGCGAUCGCGCGUCGCAGCAGCGCCGGCCACGGUCCCCGACCGCCCCCGCCCUGACUGCCGGCCCGGGCGGGUCCCCGGCGGCCGCGGGCAGCGCCUGUGCCAUGGGGCUGCCGACUCUGGAGUUCAGCGAUUCCUACUUGGACAGCCCGGAUUUCAGGGAGCGCCUGCAGUGUCACGAGAUUGAGCUGGAGCGAACCAACAAGUUCAUCAAAGAGCUGAUUAAGGACGGCUCUCUGCUCAUCGGGGCGCUGAGGAAUCUGUCUAUGGCAGUACAGAAAUUUUCCCAGUCACUGCAAGACUUCCAAUUUGAAUGUAUUGGUGAUGCUGAAACAGAUGAUGAAAUUAGUAUUGCUCAGUCGCUAAAAGAAUUUGCAAGACUACUCAUCACAGUAGAAGAAGAAAGGAGAAGACUGAUUCAAAACGCUAAUGAUGUAUUAAUUGCUCCACUUGAGAAAUUUCGAAAAGAACAGAUAGGCGCAGCAAAAGAUGGGAAGAAGAAGUUUGACAAGGAGAGUGAAAAAUACUAUUCUAUUCUUGACAAACAUUUAAAUUUGUCUGCGAAGAAAAAGGAGUCUCAUUUGCAAGAGGCAGAUACACAAAUCGACCGAGAACAUCAGAACUUCUAUGAAGCAUCGCUAGAAUAUGUCUUUAAGAUUCAAGAAGUUCAAGAAAAAAAGAAGUUUGAAUUUGUCGAACCGCUUUUGUCGUUCCUUCAGGGUUUGUUUACUUUUUACCACGAGGGAUAUGAACUCGCCCAGGAAUUUGCACCAUAUAAACAACAGCUGCAGUUCAACUUGCAGAAUACAAGGAAUAAUUUUGAAAGUACUCGACAAGAGGUAGAGCGGUUGAUGCAAAGGAUGAAGUCUGCCAACCAAGAUUACAGACCCCCCAGCCAGUGGACGAUGGAAGGCUACCUUUACGUCCAGGAGAAACGACCACUUGGUUUUACAUGGAUUAAACAUUAUUGUACAUAUGAUAAAGGAAGCAAAACAUUUACAAUGAGUGUUUCAGAAAUGAAAUCCAGUGGGAAAAUGAACGGCCUUGUCACCAGCUCACCAGAAAUGUUUAAAUUAAAAUCUUGUAUCCGACGAAAGACAGAUUCAAUUGACAAACGAUUCUGCUUUGACAUAGAAGUAGUUGAAAGGCAUGGGAUCAUCACAUUGCAGGCCUUUUCAGAAGCUAAUCGGAAACUCUGGCUCGAAGCCAUGGAUGGGAAAGAACCAAUUUAUACCCUGCCUGCCAUUAUGAGCAAGAAAGAAGAAAUGUACUUAAAUGAAGCAGGGUUCAACUUUGUGAGAAAAUGCAUUCAAGCUGUGGAAACAAGAGGCAUCACAAUUUUAGGCCUCUACCGAAUAGGAGGAGUGAACUCCAAAGUUCAGAAACUCAUGAACACCACAUUUUCUCCCAAAUCCCCUCCUGAUAUGGACAUUGAUAUUGAACUAUGGGAUAACAAGACAAUAACAAGUGGACUGAAAAACUACCUCAGGUGCCUUGCAGAACCACUAAUGACUUACAAGUUGCACAAAGAUUUUAUUCUUGCUGUUAAAUCUGAUGACCAAAACUACCGGGUGGAGGCUGUACAUGCAUUGGUACACAAAUUACCAGAGAAAAACAGAGAGAUGCUGGACAUCUUAAUAAAGCACCUGGUCAAAGUAUCACUACAUAGCCAACAAAAUCUCAUGACUGUCUCAAACCUCGGUGUCAUAUUUGGCCCAACUCUCAUGAGAGCACAGGAAGAAACUGUGGCUGCUAUGAUGAAUAUUAAGUUUCAGAAUAUUGUCGUUGAAAUUCUGAUAGAGCACUAUGAAAAGAUUUUUCACACGGCCCCGGACCCCAGCAUCCCUCUUCCUCAGCCUCAGUCUCGGUCUGGGUCCCGCAGGACGCGAGCAAUCUGCCUCUCCACCGGCUCCCGGAAGCCCAGAGGGAGGUACACUCCGUGCUUGGCAGAACCUGAUAGCGACUCCUAUAGCAGCAGCCCAGCCAGCACACCCAUGGGGAGCAUUGAGUCCCUCUCCUCUCACUCCUCUGAACAAAACAGCACGACAAAGUCCACCUCCUGCCAGCCCAGGGAGAAGUCUGGAGGGAUUCCCUGGAUCGCAUCCCCGUCACCGUCCAAUGGACAGAAAAGUCUUGGUCUCUGGACAACUAGUCCUGAAUCCAGUUCUAGAGAAGAUGCAACCAAAACGGAUGCAGAAUCAGAUUGCCAGAGCGUGGCCUCCGUCACCAGCCCAGGGGACGUUUCCCCACGCGUAGACCUGGCCAAGAAAGGGUCUCAUGGGACUGCAGGACAGAAAAGAGCCUCAGCUACCUUCCUCAGGUCCAUCGCUGCAGCUGAAGGAAACAAGAGCUACAGUGGUUCCACUCAAAGCUUAACGUCCAUAGGUUCCAAAGAGACGCCUAAAGCCCCACCAAACCCAGACCUGCCUCCGAAGAUGUGCAGGAGGUUAAGGCUAGACACUGCCUCGAGCAACGGCUACCAGCGGCCGGGCUCCAUUGUGGCAGCGAAAGCCCAACUGUUUGAAAAUGUUGGUUCAGCUAAGCCAGUUUCUUCUGGGCGCCAAGCCAAAGCCAUGUACUCCUGUCAAGCAGAGCACAGCCACGAGCUCUCCUUCCCACAGGGGGCGGUCUUCUCUAAUGUGUACCCAUCAGUGGAACCAGGGUGGUUGAAGGCAACUUAUGAAGGCAAAACAGGACUAGUCCCAGAAAAUUAUGUUGUCUUCCUCUAAUGCUAUUUAGUGGAUGGCAGUAUCUUCAUGGUAUCCAUGAGCUUCUUGAUCUCUAGACCCUUGGUGGCCUUUGUUAGUAAUAAUAGCUUUGCUGACACCCUCGACUACCCUCUGCUGGAACAGAAGGUUGUCUUUCCGAAGUACCUGCCAGUCCCUUAGUCUAUGCAGCGCUGUCACUGUGACCACCCUUGCCAUCGUCUGGCAUCCUACCCGAUUAGAACCUCUUAAAAGCAAAUUGAUUUUCUUUCAAAGACCAACCUGACUCCAAAAAGAGAUUCAGAAUUCUACUUCACUUGCUGCUGCAUAAGGAAAUCUCACCCUUCAUUGUAUUUUCACACAGACCAGAGUGUUCCUGCCUCUGAGUUGUCUGCGAGCUAAUUCCCCCACGCUCAUUCGGGAAUUAAGCUUUUGCUGUCUAGGAUGUGGCAUGAAGCUCUUUCUCCUGGUGAGGUGUUUCUGUGGCAGUACAUGCUGUGGUCCUUUUUUUAAAACAAGCUACAAAAGUGCUUCUUCAAAUUGUGUUUUUGUUUGAAGUAUUAAUCUUACAGAUUUUUGAGGAUGAUUUUUUUUUCUUCAUGCCAAGUACACGUGUAAGCAAGUCAUGGCUAUAUACAGGGUGUCCCCAAAAAAAUGUGUACACACUUUAAUAGCUGAUAGCUCAAUUUUGAAAAUGAAAUGUAUUUUAAUAAACACUCCCUUUAUAAUUAUUCAGAGUGUGUGUAUACAUUUUGGGGGAUACCCUAUAUAUCGGAGAUAGACUAUAACUGCUUUUCUCAAGAAAUGAAUUUCCUGCAGAUAAGGUGUUUAUGAGCAUAGGGAACAUCUAAACAUGGGCUCUACGUCAUCUUGUGUGUUGUGUGAAAAUAUCCCCAAGGACAAACAUUUACGUAUUUAACAGGUGACUCUUUUUGUGCCAUAACUCUACCAAGUUGAAAGAGACUGGUCCAUCAACAGAAGGCUUAUGCUGCUAUGUGAAUGCAUAUGUCUGAGCAGUAAAAUAAUGCUUGUAUUCCUGUAGAGCCCAUGAAGGAUGAGGCAGUGCCAUUCAUUGCUCCUGGUUUGAUGUGAGUGGUUUUGCUAAUUGAGUCGGCACUCCGUGCUUUGUAACAUGAAUGAGUGCAACCAGGUUUCUCAACAAUAGCUCGAUUGCUGGCUCUUUCAGGGAUGGUGGUGGGGGAAUAAAAGUACCUUACGGUACCAUCCCCAGUGAUCCAGGUUCCCAAAGAGGGAAAAUAUAGGUACAUAAUGACUUUUAUUCUUAUUCUAGAUUUUUGGUUUUACAUUUUGUGGCAUGCUUUCUAAAUUUCCACCAUGUUAUAAGAAAAAUAAACCUGGCACGUUAAUCCUGUGAGGGUACCCCUGCUGCCCUCCCGCCCAGCCUCAUUCUUCAGCUCUGUGUCUGAUGUGAGAGAGGAUACCAUCCCCGUGGAUGCUGGUGCAGAAGAGACCCGCAGAGCCUUUCUCCAAGCACCUUCAUUUUGUUAACGAACCCCUUGAAUUAGCAUCUAAAGCCCCAAUUUGAUUUGUACUUUAUUGACUGAAGUUAGAGGCAGAGCAAUUUAGGAGCAGAUUUUGUCCUUUGGUUUUAACAUAUAUUUCUAAUUUGUAGCUGUUACUCUGACCUAAAAACACUGAGUGGGACCGAAAAAAAUAUAUCUCCUGGGAAAGAGACUUGGCCAUUGUCCGAAAGUUAUUUUGCUCCUGACUAGAGGUUUGUCACUUAGGGUAGAAAUUGCUGUUUCAUUUUGCCUCUUAUCUUCCAAAAUCAAAACAUAUUUUACAAAUAAGAUUAAUCUUUCUGAAGAGUAUAUAUCCCAUCCUGGCUGUCUCCUGCUAACCCACAGACUUAAUAAUCAGGUUUUUAUUACCUAGUCUCACAUCUCCUGAACACAGUCAUUGUAUCCAUCACUGUUACCAAUACCCUCCUGCUUCAGAUGUGCAGGUCCCACUGGGUGGUAACCUUGUACAAACCCAGACUUAUCAAUGACAUGGACUUUUAGAGGAUCCGAUCAGUAAAUAGGAUGAAAAAAAAUGUGUAGGGCAGCUGCAUCCGCUGUUUUAAAUAAGGAAUCUCAAAUAAGAAUGCUGACAGCACUCACAACAAGCCAGGCAGAAAACUGAUCUUCAUACUCUAGACCAAUGCUUAGAAGCAGUUGUAUGAGGUAGGGAUCCAGUAGGUCAUCACUCCUCCUCUGGCACUCAUGAGAGAGAUGCCAAGUUCAAACCUGAAUAUUUCUUGGUACUAUAGGGAGAGAUGGAGUCUGUGUGUUUACUGGGGAGUCCCAAUGGACAGGUGCCAUUUACAAUGAUUGCAAGCAUAGAUACCCUCCAUCAUCAUAGAUGUUCAUGUAUAGGUCUGCAUGAGGAAUUUAAGUGUUGGAAGUGGGUGGGGGCUGAAGGUGCCAAUACCAUGUUAAUUAGAAGACCAUUUUCUCCCCUUGUGUAUCUCAGCAGUGCUUCCCAUGGUUUUUACCUCCCAGGGUUGAGAGCAACCUAGCUUCGCCUUGAAUCCACUCAGUCUCUAAAAUUGCAAUGUGCGUUGUUCUGUAUGUGGCAGCACUGUUAGCGGUUUUAUAUCUGCCUCUGUGUCUUCACGCACCUGUCUUUUACAGAGCACACUGUUAAAAUCUGAGGUAUCACCACGUAUUGAGAGCCAUGAUUUCAAGAGUCUUCUUGAACUCUGAGCUGACACCUUUACAAAUAAAUAGGGAGUUUGUCAGGGAAGAUGACUGUUUUUUAAAAUUCAGAAUCCUAUUUAUAUACUGUUAAAAUUUGAGGUACUAUAGUUUAUGUAAAAGUUGAAUAUUUAGAUAUUAUAUUUUAGUACUAGGAAUUUCUUUGCAUCCAUUAACAUGACAAGUUAAGUAAUAAAUAUGAUGAAAAUGAUUGUCAGUAAAUUAUCAUAUUGAAUUUUUUGUUUAUUUUGUAGUGUUUCUGUAUUUAUCU